AUGGAGGAAUCAAAUAAAGACAAUAACAAUCGUAAACAGCGACAGACAUUUGCUAAGCCGUUUCUGGUAGGUUCCAUCAAUGCCAUUGAAGUGACCCAGGCCAGGGAAAUGAGUAGACUUCAUACCAUUGGUAGACUCCCUGCUAGAGGAAGUAAGUUAGAUGUGAAGCAUAAUACCUCAAGUAGUAGUACAACUGCUGAUACAAGUAGUACAAGUAGUACUACUUCUACGAGAUCUAUUACAUCCACUGGUUCCAGUUCCAUUGUCUCCACUUCAACCGACUUCACUUCCACUAGCACUACUCCCACGCCCACAGUAUCUGUCCCUGCCAAAUCUCAUCAAGGAGCAUGCACUAACCCCCAAUGCAAUUGUUGUGGACAAGUGAUCAUCCCCUCGCCACAAGCAGUGUUCCCUAUCAAGGAAGAGCCAUCUAUUAGUGUGAAUGAUUGGAGUAUAUUCAGCGUGAAGAGACCCAUAUUGAAUUCUGUUGAGAUUGACACCUUGAAUGAUACCAGGUUUGAGUUCCCCUUACCCGAGAUGAUUUUUGGUCACAGUUUAAUGAGGAUUAUCCAUGAACCUUCUGGGUUACACAUUGAAUUCAAUGCUGUAGAUGCUUUAGAUUCGCUAGAGUCAGAUUCCAAUUUAAAAGUCAGUUAUCAUGAAGAAUGGCUAGAGGCUAGAAAGAAGAAGAAGGAAGUUAAAAAGGAUUUGGAUGUCUUGAAAUCUUAUGAUUGGACCUAUUCUCCAAACUAUAAAGGUUCCACGUCAUUAGCGUUCAUUCCAACUAACGAUAAACAAAUCCCUAUAGAUCGCUUGUUACAGCCGGACCCCAUAUUAUUCUUUGAUGAAUGUGUGCUAUACGAAGAUGAAUUAGGUGAUAAUGGCAUUGGGAUCCUCUCUACCAAAAUAAGAGUAAUGCCCACGUGUUUGUUACUCUUAUGUCGGUUCUUCUUGAGAAUAGACGGAGUCAUCUUUAGAAUACGAGACGUACGGAUUUUCAUUGAUUUGGAAACUAAUCAAGUCUUGAGAGAAUAUAAAUUACAAGAAAUGGCCUAUAGCGAAGUAGUGAAAUUGGUAACGGGGAAAACUGAUCCUAAAAAACUUUUUAGAGACUCCAAUUGGGUGGCUAACAAUAUCCUGGUGAUUCUGGUGACCACAGAAAUAGCAACAGUAUAA